CCCCGGCAUGUUUCCGUAGUAGUAAUAACAGAAAGGGCUGCUAGUUGGUCUGUAUCCAUUACCACGUGAAUUAUUUACACUAGACACAAUAAGUUGAAACGGGGAUGGCUGAGGAGUGUAGGAUUAAGAAGAGCGAGUGUGCCGAUAUCAGUGAGGUUAUUUCGGGUGAACCUUACUGUGUGUCCGUGCUGAAGCAUGGCUACUGCCUGAGCCAGACUGAUGGCUCUUUUCGUGCAGACGGCAGCAUUACCUUACUGACCGGACCGAAAACUAUACUGGUGGAUACUGGAGGGCCAUGGGACAGAGAUUUUCUACUUUCUAAACUGAAAGAAAAAGGAUUGUCACCUGCAGAUGUUAGUGUGGUGGUCGGUACACACGGACACUCUGACCACGUGGGCAAUUUAAACUUGUUUCCAAAGGCUACAGUAGUCGUGGGAUGUGACCUAAGUCAGGGGGAUAGAUACCUGCCCAAUAUGCUUGCGGAGGGCUCACCGUACCCCAUCGACCCAUAUGUGUCCAUCAUCCCCACACCUGGCCAUACAGGACGGGAUGUCAGUGUUCUUGUUAAGGGAACAGUUGUAGGACAAGUUCUCGUGGCUGGGGACCUGUUUGAGUGUUGCGCUGAUGAAGACUCGUGGAGGGAGCUUAGCGAGAACCCAGAGGUGCAGCAUGUGAGUCGGCAGACUGCUUUAAAGACUGCUGAUGUAAUCAUUCCUGGACAUGGAGCCCCCUUCAGAGUGUUCAGAGAUUCAGGAGACUGAGGACCGAAAAAGAUUAUCUGCAUUAUUGUGCAAUGGCACUAUUGUUUAUUUUUUGGUGUUUGGCAGUAUUCUACCUCAUAUGCAAAACCUGGCAACCCUGCUUGCUGACAAAUAACAAGUUUUUUACCAUGGGUACUAAGAAGAUGCCCUACACAUCGCAAUAGUCCGACCAAAACAGUGCCUUACACAGCGGCAAAAUAAAAUAAUCUUUCUGUACAGACAAAAGUAAUAUGUUUGAGCCUAAGAUAAAACAUAAUGUCCGUGUAUAUUAAUUCAUACACAAGUCGUAAGAAAUAGUUCUUUUUUUUCUUCUUAGAAAAUGAUAUGAUCAGUAUAAUGAACUGCUGCUUAAACGGCUCCAUUUUCACUCACAGAAUCACUGUAUCCCCGCUUUGUGGUACAAUCUAACAGCAUGCCCAGUGAAUUUUUGUAUGCCAAAAACUGAAGUAAAUCUAGUAAAGUUUUAUUGACUGGCUAGUGUUGGUGCUUUGAAACAUAAUUAGCUUGCUUACUCAGUCACAUCAAAUGAUAGAAAGCUUGCCCAAAAGUUUCACAGGAUGUCUUGGUCAGGAGUUAAGUUAUUUUCUGCAAAAUGCUAUUUGUUGUUAUAACCUGUGAAUGAAGGAUAAUUUUUUCACUGUUUUCCAGGACAUUGCGGUAAACUUUAUAAUACAGAUCACAUCCACUUCCUGUUUACAACUGAAUAUGAAUCAACAUAAAAAUUCUAAAUAGAUGAUAAUAGAUAAUUACACUGCUAUUAUCUAGCAAAUUGAGUUGCAAGUAGAAACACACACACAAAAGGAAGUGAGAAGGUAUCACUCUUCCAAGCAUUAAAAUGAUUGUGAAAUAUAAUCCAACUUCUGCUUUUCUUUAGCAAGAGAACUAAACCAACCAAAUUAUUAGAAACCCCAUUAUAAGACAGGGGGAAACUGAGCAUUCAAAUAUAUUUUUAAAUGAAUAGCUUUUGUAAAAAGUGGUUAAGUUACUUUAGCCUUCCUGAAGCAAACUGAGGUCUUAUUUUACCCGACCUCUCUUGUUAAUACUGUGUUUGUCCUCACAGAGCUACUGCACACUGGGCAUUGUUGGUGGUUGUUUUUUUAUGCAAUUCUGUGAAAUCUCCAGCACCUUUUUCUGACAAAGAUCAGUAGUUUCAGCAAUCUUUAAACAACCGUUUCUUUGUAUCUACAUCCAUGCUGUGGUCAAAGUCACUUAGUUCACGUUUUUUCUCAUACUGAUGUUUGAUCUUAAUGUUAACUGAAGCUCUUGUCUCCUGCCUACAUGAUUUUAUUUUUUGAGCUGCUGCCUCAUGACAGGCUGAUUCGAUUCUUGAAGGAAUGUACAGAUGUACAAAGGUUCAUAAAUUCAUCAGUGGGUGUAUAGAACUGUAGGUGGUCAUGGGAAUGAAAACAAGUCAUGGGUUGGUAUGAGAAUUUCCGAUCUGAAUCUUUGCCCCACUUUUAUUUUGUGUUUAAAACAUGCUAUGCAGUUUUUAGCAGUUUUAGCCAUCUUAGAAGUUGCUGAUGGAUGCUACAAAAAGUGUAAACAGGAAGACACUAAGCAAUUUUCAAUUAGUAGACCAAACUUUAUUUUAGACUUUUUCUGGACUUUAAAAU